AUGGCGGCGGGGCCGACGCGGCCCCCUCGGCCCCGGAAGGAACCGCAGCCGCUGGUCAUUCCCCGGAGUGCCGCAGAGGAGCAGCGCCUCAAGCUAGAGAGGCUAAUGAGGAAUCCGGAUAAAACAGUUCCAAUUCCUGAAAAGCUGAAUGAAUGGGCACCCCGCCCACCUCCAGAAUUUGUCAGAGAUGUUAUGGGUUCAAGUGCUGGCGCUGGAAGUGGGGAAUUUCAUGUCUAUCGACAUCUUCGGCGCCGAGAAUAUCAGAGGCAAGAUUUUAUGGAUGCUAUGGCUGAGAAGCAAAAAUUAGAUGAAGAAUAUCAGAAGAAGCUUGAAAAGAAUAAGAUAGUUGCAGAAGAACAAACAGCCAAACGUAGAAAGAAGCGUCAGAAAUUGAAAGAAAAGAAAUUGCUGGCAAAGAAAAAUAAAGUUGAGCAAAAGAAUGAACAUGCAGCUGCGGAUUCUGAUCAUUCCCCCAAACAGCAGACCAGUGAAGAAGAGACUUCCGAGGAAGAAGAGAAAGAUGAUGUGAAGGAAACUAGCUUUGUGAUGAAGAGAUGAUGAUCUUGCUACUCUACUGUAGUUAAUAGCCAGCUAGCAUUGAGCUAAAACCGAAUUGAACAAGAAAGUUUUUCUGCUCUUUUGGACCUCCUUGUGGCAUUGUUGAUAUGGCCAUAAUAGUCCCAUGGAAUAUCAUUGCUGGAUCCAAAUCAAAUGAAAGUUGAUUUCAAACUUUCUUGUAUAACUGCUAUGCAGGGUUUCAGGGAAAAGCGUCAGCAUCAUGUAACUCUAGUUCCUCUGCUAUUGCUCCAAAGUAACAUUUCUUUUAUCAGCUUAUGUCUGUAAGCAGAUCUCCUGAGACUUAAAUAUACAAAAUAGAGUUAUGUGGCUGAAAAAUGGACUUGACUUUGAGGCAGGAAAUAAUUUCUAUUUCCUGGAGGAAAAAAAUUUAAUUUCUUGAGGAGUCUCUAUUAAAUCAGCCUUUAUUCCUUGCAUUUCUGCUGCAAGAUAAGAUUUUCCAACAACCAAGAAGAUCUGUUGUUUCACUUCAGAAGUAUGGUGUUCAUUUUUAUUAUAAACAUUUCUGAAUAAAAAAAAGAGGACAUCCAA